AUGCAGCGGACGAAGAUUAACUCAGACAGGGCUGGCUUCGAUCCCGGAAACCCAUCCAAUCAAGAGGUCAUGCAGCGGCUGAACCAUAUCGCCGGACUCUUGGAGGAGAUCAAGUCAGAAGGCGGCUCCACCAGUUCCUCAACUCGCUCGCUCAAAGAAUCUUUCUUUGAGCUAGCCAUGCAGACCACUAGCCCCGUGGCUGAUCCGGGGAUCACCUCGCAUGGCAGCGCGAGCUUUGAAGAUCGCGCAAUGGAGCAUGACCCCCGGCUGCUUUACAUAGCCAGCUCCGGGGAGCAUAUGCUCCGCUGGCCGAUCUUCAAUAAAGUCAUCACUGAAGCCGAAAAGCACAUUCGGUCCUUUCUGCUUGAUUCGCUCGAAAAUAGGUCCCAAAACGCGCAGCAACCUCGGCAGUUGGGCAUCGGGCACUAUGUUGAUGAGAUCCCCAACCUGUGUAAGAAGUACUUUGUGUUAUGCCACCGGCGAAAUCCGUUAGUCGAUCUCGAUAACCUAGACCGCUUUGCAAAAGAGGUCACUAUCCAAGGUCUUGGAUGGGAUGGUCCGUCAUGUCAAGUGCUGCUAGUGUGCGCGCUGGCUUCGUGUACAUCGUCUGUGUUCGUCCCGCUGGGACAGAUUCCAUCCAAUCUGGACACACUCCCUACGCCACCAAUGUCAGACGCAAAUAUGGACCUGGCUGAGACAUAUUUCCACGCCGCUAAGCAGAGAUUCGGCUUUUUACACACCUCUCCUACAGACAUACAGUGUUUCUUACUCGCAGGAAGCUACCUCCGACAUGCCUUGCGUCCUCUCGAAGCUUGGUUUUGCUUCCAGCAGGCGUCUUGCAGAUUAGAAGUCCGUCUGCGGUCUCUUUGUAGAGAACAGUGGACCGCGGAUGACGAUUACCAUAACUUAGAGUCCCGUCUAUACUGGUCAUGCAUUCAAGCGGAGCAUGAGAUGCAGGGUGAGCUUCCUCUGUGGAGUAGCGGUCUUGAAGGGCUGGGCUACUCAGACCCGUUCCCCAAAUUCUCGCCCAAGUCCACUCCUUCGUAUGAUAUGAACGAGGGAGAAGGAUACAACGUCAAGCCCACGUUUGAACUAGACGGAAACGAAGAGGAAAAAGGAUGGAAAUUCUAUAUCGGAACUAUCUGUAACCGCCGGACCACAAAUGACCUUCUCGCAGACAUGUGGCGCCACGGAGAGAAAAGAUGGACUCAGGAUAUCCCCAACCUCCUGCGACAGACAGGGGCAGCUGAGCACGUUGUUAGAUCCUGGUAUGAAAUAUCAAUGGCAGGGAUUCAAUCCAAAGAAGGCAAUUCAGACCUGAAGUUCUUCUUCCGCGGCCGAUAUGUCAUGGCCUCAGAGCGAAUCUACCGGCCGAACUUCUACCUCGCAAUGCACUACCAUACAAUGCCUGCCUUCAUACGAAACAAGCAUGAAAUGUGGAGAGAAGUGUUCGAGUUCGCCCAGAAGGCCAUUGAUGGCUGUGUUGAGGUGAUCCCCAACUACUGGUGGCAAUUCCGACACGAGUGGAUUUGGAACGUUAUACGUGCCAGUUUCUGCUGCGCACUGCAUAUAAUUGCCGCGGUCUUAUAUCAGCUAGAGGCUGUGAAGAUUCCAAAUACCUGGCAAGUGCGCAUUCCGCAUAAUUGGGCCGCGUUGGUGAGGGUCUCAAUAAGGACGAUGAAGCACUGGGCGGCUGAGUCGAUUGAUAUCGAGGUGAUGCAGUCGAUACUUGAGAGGAUGUACACAGGUACUUGUCGACUGGCUAAUGUUCGACCGGAUCUUCAUUUAAUUUGA